AUGGGGUACCAUACUUCAACUAGAACUACUUACUCUUCUUCUACUACUCGUAGCAGUACCACAUCUUUAGAGUCAUUGCAAAAACCCAAGAAAAAAAGCUCAACAAGAUCAACUAUCAGUAUUUCAGUUCCUUCCAAACUUGGUGAAUUGCGGGUUGCUACCAUAAACGACGACAACAAAACUACUUUUAGUGGAGAUGGUGAUAGGGAAGAUUUCGGUGAAAAGAAGUUCUGUGACAUUUUCCAGGGUCGCUGGAUGGGUGUAACAAUAAUCCCAGGUAUUAGAAAUUCCAAGCUGUGUUUGACGUUUUUCUUAAUUACUAUUAAUGCGACUGAUUUUCUUGAGAGGCUAAGAGGAAAGAAAAUGGUUUUUGUUGGGGAUUCCUUAAAUAGGAAUAUGUAUGAAUCUCUCAUCCGUAUCCUUCGGAAUGAUAUUAAAGAUAAGAACAGAAUUUCAAAGCUCUCUGGAAGGAAAGAAUUUAAGGUCACUAGAGAUUAUGCACUGCGUUUCAAGGACUACAACUGUUCGAUAGUCUUUGUGUGGUCUCCGUUUCUAGUUGGGGACUCAGCAACUGAAUAUCGUCCAAGGAUGCAUGGAUCACCAGUGGCUGAAAAUCUGAGGUUGGAUUUGGUUGACAAGGUCACAUCUUCUGCAUAUCGCGAUGCUGAUAUUAUAGUAUUCAAUUCAUGGAGGUGGUGGACUAACGAGAAAACCAAUAAAAAAACUAUUUUCUGGAAGGUAGUCGAUUAUACCCAAAACUGGGAUUACAUAAAGCAUACAGGAAAGGUCUUACUACUUGGAGCAAAUGGAUUGACGAGAACAUUGAUCCCAACAAAACCCGAGUUGUGUUCAGAGGAUAUUCAGCUUCUCACUUCAUGUAAGUACCGUAAUCUUGAUAUUAGAGGAUCUGAAGCUUACACUCUUUUGACUGUUACUUUGAACCAUUUAUAUGCAGUGAAGGGAGAUGGAACACGGGGUAAAUGUAACCUAGAAAAGGAGCCAAUCACGAGUAAUGCAACUUACAAAGAGAGCGAUGUUAAGAAGUUGAAAAUACUGCAACAUGUGCUGCAACAGAUGAAAACUCCUGUUUUGUAUCUAGAUAUAAAUAAGCUUACUUUCUAUAGGUCUGAUGGGCACCCUUCAAUGUAUGCAAGAAAAUUCAAAACCAUCCAAGAGAGGAUUGCAGCUCAUUGA